CCUAAAUCAAAUAUAGUGAAAAUAUUAGUAAUUAUAAUAAAUGUUUAAAUAAGAAUGAAUAUCACUGAUUUCAGAACAGUAAGUAUUCUCUGUAAUUAAAUACCUGAAUUUAUAAUAGAAUUCUAAAUUUUAGGCGCAACUGUUUUCAUAAAAAUGUUAUGCUAUUUGAAGGUUUGGAUUGAUUUGAAUUUAUUUUAAGCAUGUAAAAGCUUAAAGGGUAUUUUAUAUAUUUAAUAUAAAUAAUGGUGUAUUUUCAACUAUAUUAAUAUUAAAAAUAUAUAUAUUUGUUCCAUUAGUCUAAUUUAACAAACUUUACAUAAGUAAGAACAUUGA